AAUAUUUUCGACACUACUGACUUAUCACUCUCUUAUUCCAUCAAUUCACUGUAUUUUAAUAAUCAUAAUUGUGAAAAAAUAUUUUUUAUUAACAAAUAAAGUAAUUUGUAUAAAAUCAAUAGAUUUUUUUUUUCAUAGUAACAACUAGUAAAAUUUAAAAGACUGUUAAUAAAAUAAUAAAUAAAUAUAUAAAUGUAUAUAAAGUUGUAAGUUUGAUAAUUAUCCAGCAGAAAAACGAUGCGUUAUUCUGAAAAUCACUACAUUUGCCCAAUAAGUUGGUGGAAUAAGAUAUCCUAGAAGGUGUUGGAAGGUGUGCCUUGACAAGUGGUUUAACCUGUAUCUACAAAUCUACAUUAUUUUUUAAAUAAACUAAAUAAUAACUGAUAACAAUAAUGGCUGAGAGCCAAGGCAACUCAUCAUCAAACCAAUUUAAUCAAGUUCCAGGUUCUGGUCGGACAUUCAACUUUCAGCGUUUUGAUUUUCGUUCAAAUAAUGACAUACAAAAAGAAUCAGAAAAACGACGAGCUCUUAAGCUCCCGUUACCAACACAAAGCAGUAGUUUACCAACAAAUUCCAGUAAUUCAAGUUCUACUGGAACGUCAGCUAGUUCUCCUGUACCACUUUCACGUCCUAUCUUGCCUUUAUCAAUAUCUAAAUUACCGGUUAAAUCUCGGACGCCACCGCAACAAGGACAUUUUCCUGAUAAAGCACGGGAUAAAUUAAGAAUGUGCCAGUCAAUGCAAAGUACUGGUAAAUUACAAUUGUCACCAGACACAGUGUACGAUUUUACAAGUGAAGAUCUACAGGACAUUGGUGAAAUUGGUCGAGGAGGUUUUGGUACUGUAAAUAAAAUGAUUCAUAGGAUAAGCAAUACUGUCAUGGCUGUGAAAAGAAUUCGUUCUACGGUAGAUGAAAGAGAACAAAAUCAAUUAUUAAUGGACUUGGAAGUGGUGAUGAAGUCAAAUGAGUGUCCAUAUAUCGUGCAAUUUUACGGAGCUUUAUUUAAAGAAGGUGACUGUUGGAUUUGUAUGGAACUAAUGGACACCUCAUUAGAUAAAUUUUAUAAAUUUAUUUACGAGAGAUUAAAUAAGAGGAUACCCGAGUGCAUACUGGGUAAAAUAACAGUAGCUACUGUCAAAGCACUCAACUAUCUUAAAGAAAAAUUACGAAUAAUUCAUCGUGAUGUUAAACCAAGCAAUAUUUUACUGGAUCGUGGCGGCAAUAUUAAACUUUGUGACUUUGGUAUUUCUGGGCAGCUGGUGGAUUCUAUCGCACGUACGCGUGACGCCGGUUGCCGACCUUACAUGGCUCCGGAACGGAUAGACCCCCAGCGAGCUCGCGGUUAUGAUGUGAGAAGUGAUGUCUGGUCAUUAGGAAUCACACUGAUGGAAGUUGCAACUGGUUAUUUUCCAUAUCCUAAAUGGAAUUCUGUUUUUGAACAAUUGUAUCAAGUUGUACAGGGGGACCCGCCGCGAUUAUCACCCAAUGGCAAUGGCAAUCAUUUUACUAUGGAAUUUGUAAACUUUGUUAACACUUGUUUAAUAAAAGAAGAACAUCAACGCCCGAAGUACAAUAAACUUUUAGAUCACGCAUUUAUAAGACGAUCUGAAGAGGCGCAAAUUGAUGUCGCUGCUUAUAUUUGCAGCAUUAUGGACAAUAUGGCAAAUAAUGGGAUAACACCAUUUACAACUGAUCAGCCUUAAUAAUUAAACAAUAAUAAUAAAUAUACAAUUCAAUAAUUAAUAAUUAAUGGAAAUUUUUUCUUGGUUUUAAAGAAAAUCGGCUACACAACUGUCUUGAUUAACUUUAAUUAUUUUUGAGCGAUUGAUUACUUUUUGAGUUGAAUAAUUACUGUUUGAAACACAAAGGUCAUGGUAAAAUUGUAAAAAAGACAUUUCGUGUUUUAUAGAAUUUGUCCUUUUUCCGCGGUAAUUUUAAAAAACUUAAAAUGUGAUCAAUUUAGAUCUUAGAUAGCAUAAAAUAACGUCGCAAAUAGUUGACUUAAAAAUAAUUUAAGUUGUCAAAGUAUCCAGACAUUUGUGUAAAUAUCUUUUUCUUUUAAAUUAAAUUAUUAUUAUUAUUAUCAUCAUUAUUACUAUUAUUAUUAUUAUUAUUAUUAUUAUUAUUAUUAUUAUUAUUAUUAUUAUUAUUAUUAUUAUUAUUAUUAUUAUUAUUAUUAUUAUUAUUAUUAUUAUUAUUAUUAUUAUUUGUUGCUCUAUAUUUUAAUUCGAUAUUUUAAUUGUUGUACAACCCAAAGGCAAUAUUUAAAAUUACGCGCGCAUUUGUUAUUUUAUUUAGAAUCUACUGUCAAGUUAUGCCCUCACUUAAAUAAGAGAAGGGUCGAAUAAUUAAAAAUAAAUAAAUCAAUAAGGAUAAAAGUAAAUAAAAAAUAAAAUAAUUAAGAUUAAUGAAGAAAAACUUGUUUGUGUAGCGAGUAGUUGUCAUCUGUCACGGUGGCCUUUGUAGACAAAAAAAAAAUUAAUAAUAAAUAAAAUUUUUAAAAAUAAGAA